AUGGCAAGUAGACCAAGAGUGAGAUUUAACCAGCUGCUGUAAUUUUUCUCUAUCUCUGUUAAACCAUGAACAGGCAGUGCCAUACAUGGAUGAGUUAGGCAUUGAAUUACUAAAGUAAGGUGCUCAACAAGGUAAUGGGCACAUGUAUAUGCUAUAGACAUUAGACGUCACUUCGUAAAUAGCUUUGAACUACCUGCAUGGCUUUGUGUAACCAAGCCUUGAUAGCAAAUACUAUCAAGUGGAGGCAUCUGAAUUAACAAGCACUUCAAUUUCUUGCCUAGCACAUUUCACCUGAUAUUUCUGAAAGUGAAGACGAGGAAGAAAAUGGAGAUCAGGCCAACGAAAUCCAAAGAUUGAAAAACCUUCUGGCCGAGAAAGAGAAAGAGAUUAAAGAUCUGAAAACCAGAUUGAAAGACACACAAGGUUAGAAUAACUUUCCAUAUUCCCAAUUCUGUUGGGUUUUUUGGCAAAAGCGAAACAGUCAAAAAUAAAUUGAAAUAUUGGACAUGUUGUGUCCAAGUUUGUUAGUUUUUUUUUUAAACAUUGCUUUUCUCCUUUUAAUUAAUCACAGAAAUGCACAGCUUUGGCGAUCUUGUACAGGAAUUGAAGGAGUCAGCUAAAUAUCUUCGGUACGCUGUCAAAAGCCAACAAGAAAGCGAUGGUCCUUCUUUGGUCAGCUCUAAGAGACUGCAGUUGGCAAGCAAAAUGGUGGAUCAUGAGUUGCCAAUUGGUAAAAAACAAGAGACUAUGUUCCCUGUAGACCCACCCUCUUCACCAGCAUCUAGCUGCUCCAGCCGGACAACAUCGUCAUGCUUUGGAGUUUCAGAAAGUGAAGCGGAUAGUGUAAGUAAUAUUUCAACUUAUAUCCAACAUCAUUAG